GUCCCACUUGGUGAAAUAGUUUUCCUCAUUCAAAUACAAAUAACACAAAACGAAAUAGCUCAAGGCAAAAGACAAGACAAGAGCUCUUCAAUGGCGAUCACACGCGCCUCCUUGGCCAUUUGCCUCAUCCUCUCUUUGGUUACCAUAGCCACAGCCGAUUACUACUCUCCCUCAUCUCCUCCGGUUUACAAAUCACCGGAACACAAACCCACGCUUCCGUCUCCGGUUUACACCCCACCCGCCUACAACCCAACUCUUCCACCUCCGGUUUACACUCCCCCGGUUCACAAGCCCACACUCCCACCUCCGGUUUACACACCACCAGCUUACAAGCCCACCCUCCCACCUCCGGUUUACACUCCACCGGUUUACAAGCCUACCCUCCCUCCUCCAGUAUACUACACCUCACCGGUUUACAAGCAUACACCCUCACCUCCGGUUUACACUAAGCCAACUAUCCCACCUCCGGUUUACACCCCUCCGGUAUACAAGCAUACCCCCUCACCUCCGGUUUACACUAAGCCAACUAUCCCACCUCCGGUUUACACCCCACCGGUUUACAAGCCAACUCUCUCACCUCCGGUUUACACUAAGCCAACUAUCCCACCUCCGGUUUACACUCCACCGGUUUACAAGCCAACUCUCUCACCUCCGGUUUACACUAAGCCAACUAUCCCACCUCCGGUUUACACUCCACCGGUUUACAAGCCUACUCUCUCACCUCCGGUCUACAAAAAGUCUCCAAGCUAUUCGUCUCCUCCUCCUCCAUAUGUACCAGAACCAACCUACACUCCACCCACCAAGCCAUACGUCCCAGAGAUUCUUAAGGCUGUUGAUGGCAUCAUUCUAUGCAAAAACGGCUACGAAACCUACCCUAUUCUAGGAGCAAAGGUAGAGAUUGUGUGCUCUUAUCCAGCAUCAUACGGGAAAAGCAAGAACGAGGUUGUGAUCUACAGUGAUCCAACUGACUCUAAGGGAUACUUCCACGUGUCUUUGACCAAUAUCAAGGAUCUAGCUUACUGUCGUGUCAAGCUUUACUUCUCUCCGGUCGAGACUUGCAAGAACCCGACCAAUGUUAACAAGGGUCUCACAGGAGUUCCCUUGUCGUUGUACGCAUACCGUUUCUACUCUGACAAGAACUUGAAGCUCUUUAGCGUCGGACCUUUCUACUACACCGGUCCCAAGGCUGCCCCCGCCACUCCCAAAUACUGAUCGUGAUGAUCACAUUAUGAUGAUGAUGAUGAUUUUGCAUGCAUUACAUAAGAGGUCGCUUUAAUCAAUUUAUUAUUUGGAAAAUUUUCCGUUGAAAAUGUUCUUUUGUUUGUUUGUUCCGAUUUCAUUUGAUUCGUUGCAUUACCAAUGCAAUCUAUCCUUUUGGUUAUGCUUUUCAUUUCAUGUAAUAAAAUUGUAAGAGUAAAAUCUUUGUUUGGUUUAUGCGACUACUUAUAUAUGAGAAAAUUAAUUUAAUGAGUGUUA